UGUCAUCCGAGUAUUACUUAUUCCAUAGCACAGCAUAGCACACCCGACGUCUGUCGGAAUCGAAUCUUUUAGUCAAAUUUCCGGCAACACAAGCGAUACAACAACUUGGAGCAAGAAAAGAAAACAACAAAAAUUAUGCCGCAGUCCACAGUUUACACAGUCCUGGUUUUGAUGCUGAUGCUGCACUCAAUUUGCUGCACUAGUUUGUUCAAUUUCCAGAUAUUCACCGACUCAGGUAUCAUAUCCAGAUAAAUGUGUGGUUGAUGGGGCAAACAUUCGCUUGAUUGUCGACAGUGGCAAAACGGAGAGACAUCCUGAUAGGUGUGCCCUGAUCGAAUGCCAUCGAAAUGGCUGGGCCCUGGUGUACGAAUGCACAAGGAAAUCACCACCGACCUACUGCAAGUAUUCCGAAUUUAAGAACCCCGGCGCCGCAUACCCCGAAUGCUGUGAGAUGGACAUGAUUUGCAACGAUAUUGCUUGGGAAUGAUCUGGAAGUGACAUUACCUUACCGUCUAGAUGUGUUUAAAUUUUAAAUUUUUGUUUGUUUUUGGAAAAGGAAAAGGUAAAAAAAAUUAACUUUUGUUGAGCACCUAAAAACCAUGGUCAUUUAAUUGGCAAUACUUCCUUUGCUCCAUAACUUAUUGGUUUCGUUACCAUAUUUCAAACAUUUUUCAAACGAGUUCUCUGCGAAACCUGUCAGUAUACAAUUCUUUAUAAAUUAAACACAAAAUUAAAGCUUACGAUGGCCAAAGGAUACUUUAACCUACUGGCACUAAUGGUGCUGUCCAGCCUUCUAAUCGGUAGCCAGACGGCCGAGUGGCAGAUACGCUACCACAAUCCCAACUUCCCAGGCAAAUGCACCAUCUCACCCGGCCUGGUGCUCAACGGAGGAGUGAGUAUCAAAGAUCCGACGCACGAAUGCCGUCAAAUUGUUUGCGGAUCGGAUGGCAUGACGUUGUUCCACAGCUGCGGAGUGAGUGACCUGCCGAAGAGUUGUCGUUUUGGGAACUACACCCAUCCGGAGCUGCCAUAUCCACAGUGCUGUAGUCGGCAACGGCUCUGCUUUUGAACAGAAGGCCGAUCCAUAGAUGUCAUCACAUAUAUAACGGAUAGUAGUCUUUAGUUUUCAGUCCGUAGUAAUCUAUAGAAACAAAAUGUUCUCUCUGAAUGUUUUAAUUUUUUUCGGUUUGCUUUUUUCCUCCAAGGCAACAAAAUCUGAAAAUUUCUUGAAUUUUGAUUUUUCCCUUAACAGCUAUGUGCAUCCAGCCUAUCCCGGUCGGUGUGUCAUCGAUAUGGAACCUGCAUUAAUCACUCUUGAAUUGGGGCAGUCGGUCAGUUUACCCAACCUUCCCUGUGUAUCACUAUUUUGCGUUGGAGACGGCUAUGGCGCGCUCUACAAAUGUAACCAUUCAAGCCCGCCAGAAUCAUGCCACUACGGAGAAUUCCUGGAUUUGAAUGUUGCUUUUCCGGAAUGUUGUAAACGCAAAGUUGUAUGCGAUUAAAAUUUGCCGUCAGUAAAAUUUGUAGUCAUAAAAAUUUGUUUCGAGUGGGGUAAAUAAAAUAACAGAAUCACCACCA